AGAUAUCCGGAUCGGUUCUACACAUAUCUAGAUCUUGAAAUCAUCAAUUUCUUGGAUAUCUGGGUCGGUCUCACCCUUAUGAUAAAUAUUAUCAUAAAUGGUUUGUUUGGCAAUACCAAACAACCACUCCCAUUCAAAGGGCUAGAGAAAAAAAAAAGAAGCUGUAUUAUCAUCAACAAGAGAGAUCUUGGAUUUUGAUUUCAAAAUACAGGGAACGAAGAGUUGGAGUAAAAGCUGUAGAGAGACUAAAAUCAAUCAAGCUUCUUCUUCUUCUUCUCCGCCAUGGAUGUACCCACUUGAACAACCCCCAAAAAAUUAAAAAUAAAAUCAUCUCUUCGAUUUCACUCGAAAAAACCCUUGUCCUUUUGAAACAGAGAUCUCGAUGACGACUUCUCACAUACCGUCCUUUAACCACAUGUCGUCGUCGUCGUCACCUACUCCUCCUCUGAUCCCUAAGCCCGAGCCAGUAACUGAUUCCACCGACCUACAAACUCCGAUUCCUACCUCAUCCUCUCCUCCCAACUUGUACACCGAGUUCAACAACGUAGCAGAGACUUUCCGCUCAGCUUUCGCACAACGCCUCAAACGCCACGAUGACGUCACGGUUCUCAAUUCCCUAACCGGCGCAAUCGUAACCGUUCCAGAAGAGCAAGACCCCGUUCCGGUUAGUGUCCCUUCACCCUCCCUCGUAACUCGAAAGCCGAAGCCUCAGGAACGGUCCUCUGAGCUGGUGAGGAUCACCGACGUCGGGCCCGAGGGAGAGAGACAGUUCCGAGAGGUCGUUAGAAAGACGAGGAUGAUCUACGACUCCCUCAGGAUCUUCUUGAUCCUCGAGGAGUUGCGCGAGGACUUCGCCAUGGGAAGUGGCAGCAGCAGCAGGAGGAGAGGCAGGGCCGACAGCAAAGCCGCGUCGAUGAUGAAAGAGCGUUUCUUGUGGCUCAACCGCGACAAACGCAUCGUGGGUUCGAUCCCCGGAGUCCAGGUCGGAGACAUCUUCUUCUUCAGGCUUGAGCUUUGCGUCAUGGGUUUGCACGGGCAGACGCAGGCAGGGAUUGAUUAUCUCAUAGGGAGCAGGAGCUCCAACGGAGAGCCCAUCGCCACGAGCGUGAUCGUCUCCGGUGGGUACGAGGAUGAUGAUGAUCGAGGGGAUGUGAUUAUCUACACGGGGCACGGAGGGCAGGACAAGCUCGGGAGGCAGGCUGAGCAUCAGAAGCUCGAAGGUGGGAACUUGGCGAUGGAGAGGAGUAUGUAUUACGGGAUUGAGGUGAGAGUCGUUCGUGGGUUCAAGUACGAGAACUCGGUUUCGAGCAAAGUGUAUGUCUACGACGGGCUGUUUAGGAUUGUUGAUUCGUGGUUCGAUGUUGGGAAGUCUGGGUUUGGUGUUUUCAAGUUUAGGUUGGAGAGGAUAGGAGGGCAGGUGGAGAUGGGUACUUCGGUUUUGAAGUUCGCCAAGACUCUUAAAACCAACCCUUUGUCUGUGAGACCGAGUGGUUACAUCAGCUUCGAUAUCUCCAACAGGAAGGAGAAAGCUCCUGUUUAUUUGUUUAACGACAUUGAUGAUGAUCGAGAGCCUUUGUACUACGAGUAUCUCGCGAGCGCUUCUUUUCCUCGUGGGAUAUUGUUUCAACGGAGUGGUGAUGAUGGUGCGGGUGGAUGCGACUGUAUCAACGGUUGUGGGAGUGGCUGCCUUUGCGAGAUGAAGAACGGAGGUCAGUUCGCUUAUGAUUACAGUGGGAAUCUGAUAAGAAUGCGGCCGGUGAUACACGAGUGCGGACCGGCUUGUAAGUGCCCUCCGAGUUGUCGAAACCGCGUCACUCAGAAGGGUCUGAGGAGCAGUCUCGAGGUGUUUAGGUCGGUGGAGACCGGCUGGGGAGUUCGGUCUUUGGAUAUAUUACAUGCCGGUGCUUUUAUAUGCGAGUAUGUCGGGGUUGCUUUGACGAGGGAGCAAGCCAGCAUUCUGACCAUGAAUGGCGAUACUCUGGUGUACCCUGCUCGGUUUUCUUCGGCUAGAUGGAAAGCUUGGGGAGAUUUGUCUGAGGUCUUUCCUGACGAUUACGAGCGGCGACCACCGCCUUCGUAUCCUCAGAUCCCUCCUGUUGAUUUUGCGAUGGAUGUUUCCAAGUUGAGGAAUGUUGCUUGUUACAUAAGCCACAGUACUGAUUCGAAUGUGAUUGUCCAGUUUGUGCUGCAUGAUCACAAUAACAUCAUGUUUCCUCGUGUUAUGCUUUUCGCCGCUGAGAACAUUCCUCCCAUGACUGAGCUCAGCCUUGAUUAUGGAGUAUCUGAUGAUGAAUGGAGCCCCAAGCUCGCCAUUUGUAACUAAACUCACUCCUUGACCAGUCCACUCCGCCGCCUUAUUUUUCAAGAUUGAAAUGACGCCGUGUCUAAUCUUUUGUUUUGGUUGGUCGCAUGAAGUAAAGAAGGAAAGCAGUCUGUGCAGAAGGAUCAAGGUUUGAUAAGGACUCCAUUCCUCCCAUUUGUGUACGUUUUUUUGGAGUUUUGUGUAUGUUUACACAAUUUGGGAGUCAAAAAUGUUUUUAGGGGUAUUUUAGUGUACAAAACUCAAGAAGGAUGUUUCUUUUUGUCUGUACCGGUUUGCUCUUGACAUGUUUCUAUGAAGUGAAGUGAAACAAUAUUAUUAUC